AAACUGGAGUCGAAGCUAGAACCUGAGUCAGAGCCGGAGCAAGAGCAAAUUGAAAAACGAGAGCCAAAAAAAAUAUUGUAGAAUUAAGUUAUAAACAGAGCCCGCUCGUGAUAGACACCGUUGAGAAGUCCGUUGACAAGUCUUAGGCCCCAUCACCACUUUCUCUCUCUACACAUAGUUCUGUAAAAUGACACCGCUCUCGAAAAUGUUUUCAACUAUAAAUACCGCUUGUUGUUUCGAGAGAUUAACAAAGCUGUCUUCAUAUUACUAUCUUCCCAAUUCAAAAUCUAAUUUUUUUCGGGCUUUGAGUUCUCAAUUUCCUCAUAGGAUUUGUUUGGCCAUUAAUUGUUCGUCACACAAAGCUCUGCAUAGCUUAGUCGGAGAGGUUUGGUCUAAGACGAAUUCGAAUUCGAAUUCAUCAAGACAGGCUCAAAUGACGGUCACCGCCGAGCCGUGUGUCACCGACGGUUGCCUCACGGUGAACGGCAAGGUCGUGUUGACCGGUGUUCCGUCGAACGUUUCAGUUUCUUCUUCGCCGGCUUGUGGGUCAGCUUUCUUGGGUGCCACUUCACCCACCUCCAGUUCUCGUCAUGUAUUCACUCUCGGAGUUCUUCAGGAAUUCAAUUUCUUGUCUCUCUUCAAAUUCAAAAUAUGGUGGAUGAUACCGCGAGUUGGAAAAUUGGGUAGUGAAAUCCGAAUGGAAACUCAAAUGCUUCUCUUAGAAGCAAAGGAAGAGUCCGCCAUUCACGGCGAGAAUUAUUCCGAGCCAACUGCAGGGAGCACAUUCUACAUUCUGCUAUUACCUGUUUUGGAUGGACAGUUUCGGUCUAGUUUGCAAGGGACUCCUUCAAACGAGCUUCAAUUCUGUGUUGAAAGCGGAGAUGCUUAUGUCCAAACCACCCAAGCGUUGGAAGCAGUUUUCAUAAGCUCAGGGGAUAACCCAUAUGAGCUGAUUAAAAAUUCGAUCAAGACACUUGCGAAGCAUAAGGGUACAUUUAAUCACAUUGAAGACAAGAAGAUUCCUCCACAUUUGGACUGGUUUGGAUGGUGCACUUGGGAUGCUUUCUACAAGGAUGUCGAUCCACAGGGAAUCAAAGAGGGUCUUCAAAGUUUUUCCGAAGGAGGCUGUCUACCGAAAUUUUUGAUAAUCGAUGAUGGAUGGCAAGAGACAGUAAAUGAAUUCUGCAAAGAAGAUGAAGAAACAGUGUUUGCGACUAGGUUAGUUGACAUCAAAGAGAACAGUAAGUUCAGGGGCUCGGGCUCAAAUGAUUCCUGCAUUGAUCUCCAUGACCAUGUCAAAUUUAUCAAAGAGAAAUACGGAUUAAGAUAUGUUUACGUGUGGCAUGCUUUGGUUGGUUAUUGGGGAGGGCUUCUUCCAUCAUCCCCGGCGAUGAAUAAGUACAACCCUAAGAUUGAAUAUCCGAUUCAGUCCCCUGGUAAUGUAGGGAAUCUUAGAGAUGUUGCAAUGGACAGCUUGGAGAAAUAUGGCGUCGGACUUAUUGAUCCCCAAAAGGUUUUCGAUUUUUACAACGAUCUCCAUAGCUAUCUUGCUGGCAGUGGCAUAGACGGAGUUAAGGUGGACGUUCAGAAUCUCAUAGAAACCUUAGGCUCCGGACAUGUGGGGCGCGUCCAGCUGACUAAACAAUAUCAGCAUGCGCUUGAAGAAUCUGUUGUUAGGAACUUCAAAGACAAUAACCUUAUUUGCUGCAUGAGUCACAACAAUGAUACCAUUUACAGCUCAAUGAAGAGUGCGGUUGCAAGAGCAUCAGAGGAUUUCAUGCCAAGGGAACCAACUUUUCAGACCUUGCAUGUUGCUUCCGUGGCUUUUAAUAGUCUUCUUCUUGGGGAGGUUGUGGUGCCGGAUUGGGACAUGUUCCAGAGCAAACAUGUCACAGCUGAGUUCCAUGGUGCAGCAAGAGCAGUGGGUGGGUGUCCUGUGUAUGUCAGUGACAAGCCAGGCACACAUGACUUCAAACUACUCAAGAGGCUAGCAUUGCCGGAUGGUUCUGUCCUUAGAGCUAGAUAUGCAGGUAGACCUACUCGAGAUUGUUUAUUCACCGAUCCAGUCAUGGAUGGAAAAAGCUUGCUGAAGAUUUGGAAUCUGAACAAGUUAUCUGGGGUAAUUGGUGUUUUUAAUUGCCAAGGAGCAGGAAAUUGGCCAUUGAAACAGGGAGCUGAAGAUGUUAGCCACCAAGCAUCUACAGGUUCACUAAUCUCGGGUCGUGUGAGUCCCCUUGACGUUGAAUUUCUUGGAGAGAUUGGUGGUGACAAUUGGAGUGGGGAUUGCGCAAUAUAUGCAUUCAACUCAGGAUCUCUGUCUAGGUUACCUAAAGAAGAAAACCUUGAAGUGACUUUGGAUACACUACAAUGCGAAAUAUUUACCAUCUCACCAGUUAGGGUUUUCAAUCAAAAUAUUCACUUUGCUCCAAUUGGAUUGGUUGAUAUGUACAACUCUGGAGGAGCCACUGAAGGUCUAAGUUGCACCCUUGAACCUUCAGGAUGCAAAAUAAAGGUCAAAGUGCGAGGCUGUGGUCGUUUUGGAGUGUAUUCUAGCAAAAAACCGAACUGUUGUAUGGUGGACAUGGAGACGAAGGAAUUCGCGUAUGAUGCCAAGGAUGGACUUUUAACUGUUAAACUUGAAGGUGGAUGCAAUAUAAGAGAGAUUGAAUUUUUGUAUUGAAGUCUAUACAAAAGUGAUUGUAUUCUCGAGGAGUUUAUAAUGUAAGAAGCUCAAUAAGUUCAUUUUGUACCAACUAGAGGUGGCUCCUAUGUGUUUGUUACGAAAGAUAGGUGUCAAGUAGCAUGAAAGAUGUAUAGCUUUGAGCAGCGUAUAUCAUGUAUUAUUCAUUUCAAUCCAUUGGUUCUUUCCACAAA